AGUUGUUUCGCCACCUCUCAGGUAGACAAGCAGCAUCUCACCUGUGCAAGCGGACCAUGGAUUUCACACACUCGAAGAUUACUGAGGAGCCCCAGCUUGACGACGCGGAAAAUAGACUGUGUACGUGCAUCUGGAAGGGUUAGGAAACCUGCCAAUGUGAUCGGAAAAAAAGAAAAAGAAGAAGAAGAAGAAGAAGAAGGAAAAAAAAAAAGCCUGGCCACUUUAAUGUUCCAGUGCAUGGCCUCUGGACUGAGUGCGAUCGAUCAUGCACAAACCCCUCCGAAAGCGGAGUCUCUACGUGUUCCUGUGUUUCGGCAUCAUUUACCUCAGACUCGGGGCCCUGUCCUCGGUUGUGGCCCUGGGUGCCAACAUCAUCUGCAACAAAAUUCCUGGGCUGGCACCUCGCCAGCGGGCCAUCUGCCAGAGCCGCCCGGACGCCAUCAUUGUUGUGGGCGAAGGCGCCCAGAUGGGAAUAAAUGAGUGUCAAUACCAGUUCCGAUACGGACGCUGGAACUGCUCGGCGCUGGGGGAGAGGACAGUCUUCGGUCAGGAGCUGCGAGUAGGCAGUCGGGAAGCAGCAUUCACCUACGCCAUCACAGCGGCGGGAGUGGCCCACGCCAUCACGGCGGCGUGCAGCCAGGGCAACCUGAGCCACUGCGGCUGCGACCGCGAGAAGCAGGGGUAUUACAAUCAGGAAGAAGGCUGGAAGUGGGGAGGCUGCUCGGCGGACAUCAAGUAUGGGAUCGAGUUCUCUCGCCGCUUUGUGGAUGCCCGAGAGAUUAAAAAGACUCCUCGUCGCCUGAUGAACUUGCACAACAACGAGGCAGGAAGAAAGGUUUUAGAAGAAAGGAUGAAGCUGGAGUGCAAGUGUCACGGCGUCUCGGGCUCCUGCACCACCAAGACCUGCUGGACGACGCUCCCCAAGUUCCGCGAGAUCGGCUACGUGCUCAAGGACAAGUACAACGAAGCCGUGCACGUGGAGGUGGUCCGGGCCAGCAGGCUGCGCCAGCCCACGCACCUCAAGGUGAAGCAGACUCAGGGCUACCGCAAGCCCAUGGAGACGGACCUGGUUUACAUUGAGAGGUCGCCCAACUACUGCGAGGAGGACGCCUCCACGGGGAGCGUGGGCACCCAGGGGCGCCUGUGCAACCGCACCUCGCCGCACACGGACGGCUGCGACCUCAUGUGCUGCGGCCGGGGUUACAACACGCACCAGUACACCAAAGUGUGGCAGUGCAACUGUAAGUUCCAGUGGUGCUGCUUCGUCAAAUGCAACACGUGCAGCGAGAGGACGGAGGUGUUUACCUGCAAGUAGGGACGAACCGCGGACUAGCUGAUUGAAGAAGACCUGAGAGAGCCACGUGGAAGUGUGUCUUAGACCAAUGACAGAACUUUAAAAAAAAAAAAAAAAUGGAAUUUAACAGCUCUUCAUGGCAUCGUUUUGCACAGCAGAAUCUUAUCUAAUUGCUUUUCAGAAAGUAAAUGCUAAAUAUCAGUAGGUAAAGCCCCAGAACCUUACUGUCACAUAGAGAUUGUGCUCAUGUACUGAUUUACCCACGGUGGAGUUGGGACUACGGACAGAGACUGAGGCCGUGCAGUGCACUCUGGGAUUUGUAAUCUGGAGAAUUGCGUGGAAAGGAGCUCGCAGUAACAUGUGAGCGGAUCACAGCGACAGCGGCCGAUGAGAGGAGAUGCGAUUCACAACUGUUCGUGGCUUUUGUCCUAUUUUCACUCCAGGGGAGCAUAAGUGAAUCUUGACAUGACCGACCCCCCCUCCUCCUCCCUCCUCCCCGCUCCCUCGACCGGCCGGGGCUUGUGUCGGAGGUCUGUAGAAAUGAAGAACAUUUUGUAAGCGUGGCGUGUUUGGGUGCGCCAGAAUCUGAGUGGAGAACUCUGUUAAACCCUCUGCUGCCAACUGGAAUACGGUGGAGUAUGUUAGUUUUCCAGUCACACUGGAACUGUCUGUUCUGAACACUGAAAAUAAAUUGUCUAUUUAUGUUAUAGUAUCUUAAAACAAAGCACUAACGGGUAGAGAUGUCUUUUUUUUUUUUUUUUUUUGUACUAAGUGUAAAGAAAAAUACGUUAGAGUAACUUUGACUGAAGAUGUGUUUCUAUUAGAAAAUGACCCCCUCAUUCCUAAAACGCCUAACUUUUCCUUUAAAAAAGAGAGAGAAAGGUUUCGUCGCUACUAUCAUGUUGACAGCAGAAGAUAUCCUGGCAGCGUGUUUCACUUUCAAACACUUUGGCUCUAUUUGACGGUAGCGUAGAGUUUGUUUGCAAGAUCGUCUUCCCCGGCUUCAUUACAGACACGGUAGCAAAGAAACACGUUUAACUGCAGAGAUCCUUCCUCGGUUCAUUAAACAUGAACAUUAAAACUGUGCCACAUGUGUUGUCGUUUGCUACACGUUAUAUAUUUCCUAUUGGAGCACAACGCGUGGGAACUUCAUACACGAAAUACAUUCCUGGUGACAUUACAGCAGGUACAGUACUGUGUGUUAGUUUGUUAACUGCAGAUUUACAGACUGUCGAUGUUUUAUAUUCUAGAGAAUUUCAACAGAAUCUGGAAAUCUCAGCAUGUCUUUUUCAAACUUUGCAAAAACUGUCUCAUAAAUAUGUAAUAUAUAAGCUUUACAAGUGAAUUUCUAUCACUACACUAAAAAAAAAUACAGGAAAUGUAAUCUAAAUCUAAAAUAAUCAAGACAAAACUCUAUAAGACGAGUGUGCUCAGAUGUUUUCAUAGAAUAUAACAGAGUUGACAGUUGUUACUGUUUUGUAACAAAGAAAUGAAGACACAAGUCAACACUUUGGUGCAAAUUAGAACAAGACGCACAUUCUCACACGUACUGACAAGAUGUGUAACUCUGGGUAACACCAUGAAUUAUUGCUUGAACGACUGACACACACAUCUGGCAGAAGGGAUGCACUGUGUUCACCUCUAAGGCGUGAAGCCUCCUGGCUGCGGCUCCACAUGGAUCUGGGAGUGGCGUCGUUCUCUGCAUCCAAUUGUCACCAACGAGGCAAAACUGUGACGAUAGACACGAUGUCAGGCAACUUCCUGAAACUCUGGAGAGUCAAAGCUUUCCAGUUCAGUAUCUGCUGAGAAUGUCCAGAACUUUCUGGCAUUUUAGGCUAAAACGACUUAUGUUCAUGUCUAUUCAGCUUUAAUCUACCACAUUUUAAAUUAUUUUUGGUCCACAACAAGACUGUCAUAUAAAUAUUUCUGCAUAUUUUACUCAGUUAAGUAACUUAUUGCUAUAACAUCUAACAUGUACUGUAAUUCUGACAUUGAUUCCCCACUGACUGGUAAAAAUACAUUGAUUGAAAUAAUACCAACUUGAAGCAUAUUAAAGAUCAUGUUUUCUUUGAUACUGGAUGCAAAUAUGAAGUUGAUGUAACUUUCAUUUCAGUUCGAGUAGUGUUAUGAAACAUGCACAAAGUUUAUCCGUAAACCUCAAUUAAGGAAUCUACAUUCUUCGUUUUAUUGCUCAGUGCAUGUUGGUACAAGAAGGUUCCUGCUCGGUAGCUUAUUGCAGCAAAUCCAGCCAACAUCCAAAGCUGUUAUUUUCAGAGACUUUCUCCCUUUGAGGAGAAACACACAUAUUAAAUCCAUAUAUUGUGUGUGUUGAGGUUAGAAGCUAAGUUUUAUAUAUAAGUCUGUUUCUUAAAUAUUCCAACCACACAUAAUAAAGUGAACUGCAAAUGGAUCAGGACCCAUAAAUUAUUAAAAAUCCAGAAAGAAAUAAAUCAAGCCAUGUGCUGAUUUCGACGUUACUCUGUACACAGCACAUGUCGGCGAUGUGCUGUGGUCUUUUUGUCUUUAUGGAACAGAGAUCAGUUAUCUCUCCCAGCAGGGAAAGGAGCUUCUUCUGUCUGUGUUCGUGUUGAGAUGUGAUCAGAAACACAAAAAGAGGAGGAAAAAAAACCAAGGCAGUGUGGAAAACCAUUGAAAAUUAGGAACGCACACACAGACACAUGGACACAAAUCCCUAGUAACCCUGUAAAAUGUGAUUAUUCAUCCAAUCAGAAUUGGCUUUUGUUUGAGGUUGAAAAGCUCUUCUUUCCACAUUAAUUGAAGCUGUCUGACUCGGGCGGUCAGAGCCACUUGUGACACCUACAAAACUCUUUUCUUCAGUCCUUUUUUGGUUGAUUUUUUUGAUUUUCUUUCCUGGUGCGAAGUGCAGAUCGUAUGAAGACGCUGUUCACAAAGCACAAUAUGGUGCAUUUCACAUUACGGCUAAACCAACUGAGGACUUUAGGAUGCAGGCUGAGAAGAAUAUCUGGCUCAACGCUCCCGCCUCUCAUGCCGUCUGUGUUGGCAGCGCUGCCCAGAGUCACUAAAUGAGAAGAGGACCUUCAUGCAAAUGGCCCGAUGUGAAUAGGAAGUGGCUCAGUGUGUCUCUUGUUUUUGGACACACAAACAGGAGUGUAGUUCUUUUGUGAGGGUGUUUUUGAGAUGGAUGGGAUGGCUCGAUGAAAAGGGGUGCAUGUGUAGCCGGAAACCGCGAGUGAAAAGAGUGGUUAUUUAGAAGAGGAGCUAAUUGAGAGCGGGAUUGGAACAGGAGUGGGUUCGCUAUACGAGGAGGAGCAGCUGCCCAGGCAAGUCGGGGCCUGUGGGCAAAGUGUAGUAACAAAGAUUAGUGUUUAGCUAAACAAAGGAGAGAUUUAUUGUAGGACUGUUUUGACAGCGGACUUGUCGUUCUCCCUCCUGUGAUGCACUCUGUCUGUCGUGCUCCCCGAUUUUUAACGGACGAUGUUGAUCCUUCUGAUUUUUUAACAAAGAGGAAAAAGCUUUGAGUCUAUUAGAGCAGUCCGAACAAGAAGAAACAAAAAAAGACAACUUCACUUGCACCGUUUAUAAAGUACCUUUUCGGACAUUGUUAAUGUCAUUGUUUUGAACUGACUCUUUCUAUGAAGUGCUUCUUUGAAAGCGGGCCCUGCUACUUCAUCCAGUUGCUGGUCACAUUCGUCCUCCUGUAUGUGAGAAGCAUUGUAGGCGAGCAGCAGAGCAGAAGUAAGAUGUGUUUUGUUAGUCGUCUGAAGCCCAGGGGACCGGAACCACAUAAGCUCCCCAUAUUAUGCCCUGGAUUGAGAAAAAUAAAUCCGUUUGUUUCUGACAAACAUUUUGUCAUUAAAAAUAUGAGAUAGAAAAACAGAGUCUGCUGUGUGUGCCUUC